AUGUUCGAAGCAGUGAAAAUACUAAGCACUACACUGUUCGGUAAGCGAAAUUCAAUCAUAUCGGUGAAGAAUGUGACCAUUGAUUUUCACAAUUACAUUCUUCGUUUCCCUGUGGAAACCAAGUUGAGAAUUCAAGCAUUGGAUAUACUCAGUUGGAGUGCAUCCAAUUUUCAAGAAUUCAGUCGGAUUAUUGAUAAGUCUUCGUUCCCUCUUGGACGAUUAACAAUGAAAUGUGAUCCCAAUCUCUCAAAUUUUAAACAUGAAAUUGUCAAAACAGCGAGGAUUCUUAUCAUUGACAAAACCACAACCAUAACACGCCCAUGGAUGGUAUCACGCCCAUGGAUUCCAAUUCUUCGCAACCUAACCAAUCGAUAUUUGUAUUUGAAACAAAGUAGAAAUGAAUCUCAUAGUCACUACGUGAACUUCAUCAGCAGUUGGUUGGAGAACGAACGCCCCGUUGGAACUUCUUGGACUGGUAUCAUGAAGGAAGAAACUGUCAAGCGAGUUUUGAUCUAUUUGAAAAUGAGACCAGAGGUUGUUGCAGUAUCAGAUAAGUAA